AUAUGAGAAUUAGGUUGUGAAUCAUUAUUUCAUGACUUUCCAGUAGGUUGCACAUGCCUUUUGUGCUUUGAUCCUGUUAAAAGUUUUACAAAUAAGCAAUAUAGGGAACACAAUGUGAUGCCCUUUCUUUUUUCUCACCAAGCAAUAGUUUUUCUGAAACAUGGCAUCAUUAAUAACCAUUGCAUAUGUGACCAUGAUAAUCACUGUUUUUGGAGGAAACAUAGAGAUCAUCACGGCCAAAAAUCUGGGAUUCCGGAUGCCUAUUGUUGAGAAAUUGUAUCAAACUCCUGCAUUCUCUAACAUUUCCUUAAUGGCUAAUUUCCAUGCAGGCGCCCAAGAGCAAUUGAAGAGUGGAUUCAGUGGACUAGUGGAACAUAUUCACAAUACUUAUGUAGUAACUAUGAGCAUUGGUAUACCUGAGACUCCAGUUAGAUUAUCUAUUGACACAGGGAGUGAUGCUACAUGGCUGCAAUGCAAGCCAUGUACAAAUUGCUUUAGAAAGAGCAAUCCACCCUUUGAUCCUAAAGAAUCAGCCACUUUUAAAUAUACUAUGUGUGAAAACGAGCACUGUAAGAUCUUUGCUAAUAGACUCUCUCCUGCUUGUGAUGAUCAUCGAAGAUGUCAAUUUUCUUUUAAAUAUGGGGAUAACUCAACAGUUGGUUGUAACAUGGCAUCUGAUUUUUUCCAGUUAGAGGGGCUAUAUGUUAAUAGGAAAGCAUUUAAUCAGUUUCUUUAUUUUGGAUGUGCAUUCUCAGCUAUUGGAAUUUUUCAUGAGGGAGAAGAUGGAAUACUGGGAUUGGGACAAGGACCAUUCUCAAUAAUUUCUCAACUUAACAUCUCCAAAUUUUCCCACUGCUUACAACUCCCUAUGACAGGCGAAACAUCUUAUAUAUUGUUUGAAGAUGAAGCUAGGCUUGAUGGCACAGCAGUCCCUUUGAUCCGAAAUAAGGUAUUUCGUUCACAAUACUUUGUGAACUUUCACAGCAUGAUUGUGGUCUACAAUCAAAGUGAGACUAAGUUGAAUGUACCAUCCAAUUUAUUUGCAAUGGAUAGAAAUGGUCGGGGGGGAUUGAUGCUGGAUUUCGGCACCAGACUCACGAUGAUCCCCAAAAUGGCUUUUGAUGAGCUUUGUAAGGUUCUUGGGGGCAUAGCCUAUCGUGCUGAUAUUACAGUUGUGCCUGUGGAAGAAGGGAAUUACUGUUUUGAUGCUUCAUUAGAAGACUUGAAGGAUAUUGGCUUGAUUUUCAGACUUGAUUCCAUUGAUGUCAAAACUCACAGGAGAGCGACUAUUUUAUAGGGUGAGCUUUAGAAAUAGAGUAACUCAAGAUCUCUAUGAAUUUACUUGCCUCACUAUUUCACCGUCAUUUAAAUAUAUGAGAGAAAGCAUUUUUGGAGCAUAUGCCCAAGCUAGCCAUAACAUUGGUUAUGACCUCAACAACUGGAUAGUCACAUUCGACAACCUGCGAUGUUAGGACAAGUUGGUUGGUAGUAAGACAUUGUUAGGUUCUGCAGACAUCUUUCAACACCAUCCUCACGGCUUCUCCUUGGAGAUGGACAGACAUUUCAAGUGGAUCCAAAUAAACUUCAGCAGAAGUUGUUUAUCUUUUACAGAUGUUCUAGUUUCCUAGAUUUUAUACUAGACAGAUAUCAUGUUGCUUAGUUUAACGUUUUGUUAUAUUAAACAUUUUAUCUUAGACCUUAU